AUGAGUUGCGUGCCAUGGAGAGGAGACAAGGCCAAGUCGGAAUCCUUGGAGCUGCCCCAGGCGGCACCCCCCCAGAUCUACCACGAGAAGCAGCGCAGGGAGCUCUGUGCCCUGCACGCCCUCAACAACGUCUUCCAGGACGGCGGCGCCUUCACCCGGGAAACGCUGCAGGAGAUUUUCCAGAGGUUGUCUCCAAACACCAUGGUGACCCCCCACAAGAAGAGCAUGCUGGGAAAUGGGAACUAUGAUGUGAACGUCAUUAUGGCAGCACUUCAGACCAAAGGCUAUGAAGCUGUUUGGUGGGACAAACGCAGGGAUGUCAGUGCCAUUGCUCUCACUAACGUCAUGGGCUUCAUCAUGAAUCUGCCCUCCAGCCUGAGCUGGGGUCCUCUGAAGUUGCCUCUCAAAAGGCAGCACUGGAUCUGUGUUCGAGAGGUGGGCGGUGCCUACUACAACCUUGACUCCAAACUGAAGAUGCCCGAGUGGAUUGGAGGCGAGAGCGAGCUCAGGAAAUUUCUGAAACAUCAUUUGCGAGGAAAGAACUGUGAACUCCUGCUGGUGGUACCAGAAGAGGUGGAGGCCCGUCAGAGUUGGAGGGCUGAUAUGUGA